AGGAAUGCGGAAAAGGUUCCUGUAGAGAGAAACGAACUUCGUUCACGACGUGACUGUAGACUUUAGGAGGGUUUCUACUUUUCUCCACUAUUUCUUUAACCGGUUUAAACUCAAGACAAAAGCGUCAAACAGUUUCGUAUUGAACACCAGUGAGUUUAUCUCCGUGUACGCGUCCAUUUGUGGUCCUAAAACGAAAGUAAACUGCGCAGGCCCACCUUGGCCAUAGCUUAAAAAAAUGGAUGUGGACAUGUCCGAGGACGAACCCCUUCCUUUCCAGCAGGACCUCACAUGCCCCGUGUGUGCGGACAUCUUCAAUGAUCCCGUGCUCAUGCCGUGCUCGCACAGCUUCUGUCGGGAGUGCCUGCAAAAAAGUUUAGCUCAGUCUGUCAGUAAGACAUGUCCCGUGUGUCGGGAGCCAGUAGAGGAAGAGCAGGCCAUCACCAACCGCUCGCUCAGAGACACCUGCGAGAGCUUCCAGAAGCAGAGAAACUUGAGAAUCAACCCAAAACCACCCCUUGAGAACCUCUGUCACCUCCAUCUGAAGCCGCUGGAGCUUUUCUGUGAAAAGGACGAGGAGCCGGUGUGUGUGGACUGUGUCACUCUCCACAACACACACAGGCUGUGGUCCAUAAAAGAUGGCGUACCAUUUUGUAAGGAACAGCUUAACUUCAAGCUACAGAUUUUUGAAAAGAAACUGGAAAAGUACAAAAAGAUUAAGCGGCAAUUCAGCGAUUCUGUGGACUAUGUCAAGUAUCAGGCUGGACAAGCAGAGAAGCAAAUCAAAGCAGAGUUUGAGAGGCUCCACCAGGUGCUUUACAGUGACGAAUCUCUGCGUCUGAAAGCACUGGCCAUUGAGGAAGAAGAGAAGAUUGCUGCCAUUGAAGAGAAUAUUUCCCAAAUAGACAAGGAUAUCGCCUCUAUGAAGAAGCUUGUUGACUCUCUGAAGAAAGAGAUGGGCAACGAAGAUCUUCCCCUUCUGAAGAAUUUCCAUGACUUGAAGACAAAAGCCCAGUGGACUCAGAGUGACCCUGGCCUUUCUUUUGGCUCCCUUUUAAACAUGGGUCAUCAUGUUGGUUCUUUGAGUUUCAAAGUAUGGAAAGACAUGCAGGCCCAUGUGAAAUACUAUCCAGUGACGUUUAACCCAAACACAGCCUCUCCGUGGGUCUGCUUGUCUCCUGACCUCAUCAGUGUGAAGGAGAGCAAAGAGCGACUGAACUGCCCCGACAAUGCAGAGCGCUUUGAUCCAUGUGUCUUUAUCCUGGGUGCUGAAGGUUAUACCGCUGGUAGACACAAAUGGGACAUUGACGUAGGUGACAAUGACAAGUGGAUUGUGGGAGUUUGCAAAGAGUCAGUGGCCCGUAAAAAGAAGUUCACCGUCUCCACGAAUCGGGGUGUGUGGGCAAUAGGGCUGAGCAAAGGCGUGUAUACCGUCCUAACGCCUGACCGUACCGAGCUGAAGUUACAGAAGCGCCCGCAAAAAAUUCGCAUUAGGCUUAAUCUAGAUGCAGGGGAGGUGGCGUUUUGGGAUGCGGGAGCAGCAGUGCAUUUGGUCAGUCUUAAACACAAGUUUGAUGAAAAGAUGUUUCCGAUUUUUGGCCCCGGGCUCCAUAGCACUCCCAUGGUGCUGUGCCCUGGAAAAAUAGCUGUACAUACAUCAUGUGUAUAACUGGUAUCUGCAGAUGACAUCGGAAUAAGGGCUGGGAUAUACUUGCUGUGUACGCAAGCGUACACGUCAACAUUCUGCUACAUUUGUGUAUAUAGUUGCUGCAAGACAACAGCAGGAGCCAAAAAUUGCUUAAUACUGGAGGUUACUGAUAGUGACAGUACAUAGUACUUGGAUAAUCUGUCGCCAACUGUUAAGGCAUGAAUGUUUGUCGCUGUGCAACGAGAGGGAAAAUUAUAAAGAUUCAAGGAAGUUGCAAACAAGGUCUAGCAGGGUGCUCGUCAUAAUUAUCCACCAUUGUGAUCUCGUGCUCAUGUUUUCAAGUCAAUAUUGCAACUUGUGCACGCAACAUGUUACCUCGCGUCAACACAAGCAGCCUGUGUGCCAAACACUAGGAACGCCAUGAUGCGGAUGUGCUGCCAACAGCAAGUAUAUCCCAACCCUAAGGGUGAACUUGGAAGAGAUGGAGAUGACAGCUAAGACUGAUGCUCAAAAUGCAUGUCCUUACAUUGUGUGCUUAUCAAUUUUAAAACAUACAGCAAUUGAACAAAGCCAAUGUGUGGCAUAUUUUAUUUUAUUUUAUUAGGUUUCAGAAACUUUUCCUAUGUACGAAGCUGAGAAAUGUUCAAAGCAUGACACUAACUGGGUUGUGGUCAGUGGUGAACAAUAAAAACUACUUUUUGAUGUGUGCCUUUGCUAAAGGAAACUGGAUUGUUUUUAAAUUAAUUAUCAGUGUAAAAAAAAAAAAAAAAAAAAGGUUAGUAUGUUCUGAAUACACGUGUGAUUAAGAGUCAUAGAAAACGUUCUUGCUGUAUAGCAUACAAAGGUUGAUGUUUCACCAUGACACAAAAUCAACUCCCACAUGAAACAAGCUUUCUGAUUCAAUGAGUUUUUGUCCUUGUAGUUUUAAAAACAUUUUAAUAAAUUAUUUUGCUUUUAUAUGUUAAUUUUUCAAAUAUUUGUUAUCUGUUAUGCAAAGGGAAUCUGCUGGGUUGUAUUAGGAUAACUGCAUUUAUUAUUUUUUUAUUUACAGUGUUUGGACAGAACUGCUAUACUUUACUAUUAUGUGUGCACAUUUAUGGAGCUGCUUUUAAAUCUCAUUGUACUCUGUAUAAUGACAAUAAAGGCUUUCUAUUCUA